AUGGGACACAAAGAUAUGGUAUAUGCUGAAUUAAGUUUUGGAGGCAACCAUAAUGAAAAUUAUAAACCCGUUUCAGAAUCUGAUAUAAUAUAUAGUUUGCCUAUGAUUGUGGAAGGAUCAGUAGUUACUGCUUCUCAAUCUGAAGACUGUUCAGAUGAAGAUUUGAGAUUAAUUAAGAAGAAAAUUUCAGAUUUAGAGAACUUAUAUAAAUAUACUUCGGAAUUGUCUAAUAAGUGUGAUAAUGGUGACUGCAAUUCAGAAGAUUGCAAAGGAUGUUCAUAUGCUCAAAGUUAUAAAUCUCAAUUAUUAGUUGAGUUGAAAGUUCUUAGUCACAAACUAAAUAAGGAUUUAGAGUAUUGUAAUAGAAAACGUAGAAAUCUAAGUAAGUGA